AUGCGCUGCAGGUGCGCGGCUUGCACUGGUCAAGAUCUGGAAACGCGGGAUUGCUGGUCCAGUGGGCCCCGCAGCCGGGAGUGUGCCAACGACCCGCGAAGUGGAGACUACCUGAGCUGCCCCUUCACUGGCCACUUCGAUGGGAAGGAAGUGUGCUUUGCAAAGCCGCCGGAUGGCUAUUGCGUGAAGAAGGUGUGCGCCAAGCACGGAAGCAGCAAGUCCUGCAGGUCCUAUGACCCUCCGGCAUCUGGUCAAUUCUGCGUUGGGGAUGCUGAUGCGGAAGUUCCCAUCGAUCAUGUGGUCAUUCGGUACACCUGCUGCAACCCUAAUCUUUUGACCUUCGCCGGCAGCUGCGGAUUUGGCAGCAACAGCCGACGCCUCCAGGGAGCCGACGGAAGCCAGAUCGCCAACUUGAUCGCCAAGUUUGAAGUAAUGGCCGGAGCGAGGAACCGCGCGGGUUCAUCCUGGGGCCUCCCUGUGCCGCUUGCUUGCGGGCCCAUCUCCCUGAGCAGCCAGAUCAACAGGGGCAAGUUUGAGAUUCCUGAGAAGUGCUCCAAGCUCUUGCCUGGUGAAAGCUGUGAAGUGGGCUGCAGCUCCGACUACAUUCUACAAAGGAAGCCCGACCAGGGAACUUUCACUUGCCAGUGGGGAAUGAGCAGGCCUCUGGCUGGCACAUUUCCUGAAUGCCUCAGAAAGCCGAGCGGACUGAACCUCGCGGAGGGCAAGGCUCAAGCUGCAACCACUACCACAACCACGCUCAUCCCACCACUGUGUGAAGUUUGUUCAGAGAUCGGCAACUACGCAGACAAGCGCUUCGAGCAAUGUCGGUUCUGGGGUGACCCUCACAUCACCAAAAGCUGGCGCCCAAAGACGCGCUUCAACUUCCAAGAUACCGGCAUUCACCGCUACGCGCGCGCUGGCCAGUGCGCGGGCAACUUCGAGCUGCACGUGUUUCAGUGUCAGUACAACAGAGGGAGGAACGCAGUGGCUACAGGCAUUGCUGCCAGGUUGAAUGGGAACGGGACGAUUUUCAUCAGCGACCGCCGGGUGGAGACCAGCGGCCGUGUUUUCGCCACCAGGAACCAGGGGGAGUUUGGCCUGAAUGUGGAACCGGACUCUGGAACCAUCUUGAACGACAGAGCCGGAGUGAACGUGCAGAGCCCGGGUCCCCAGAAUCUGAUGCCAGACUGUCAGAUCGCUGAGCUGCUGCGCUGUUUUCAAUUGGUGUACAGGUUGGCCCAUGAGGGGGUGGUUAAGGCGCAUCACCAAGCAACCAGGCCUGCUGAUGCGCGAACGGUCGUGGCGACUGUGGACAUCACGGCGGACGGGAUCUGCGGCGCUGCCGACCUCAAGUCGCAGCAACUGAGCGGUGCAGCCAGUGUACUGGGGCAGGCGACGCUGGUUUGGACGGCUUUUUGUUUGCUGUUUCUGUUCAAGCCCUUGAUCGCUUCGCCCUGUUGCGAGUUUCUGGCGCCAUUGGAGGGCCUCGACCAGGUGUGCACCACAGAAAACGAUGGUCGUGUGGCCCAACUGGAGGACAACGGCCAGAACUGUGUUGUCUACGCCGUGCUCGAUAGCCGAAGAUCUUGCAACGACUACUGCCAAGAGAGGGGCAGCGUUUGUGUGGCAACCAAGAGUGACAGAGGACCCUGCGUGUUUGACGGCCAGUUUAAGAACCAGCCGUGCUCGAAGAAGAUGCACGACGUGAUGUGUGUGUGCCGGAAGCCCGAGAACACGAACCCUGGAACGGACGCCAUCCAAGCUUGUGUUGGCAGCGAUGUGACGCUGGAGGGCGCAGAGGACCUCUGCAGAGCCAACGGCUUCCUCCAGAAUGCCGUCUUCCCUCCACGUUACACGGAGGAGGGGGCAGUGACCACAGAUGAGCAGGACGAAGUUGAUGACAUGCUGAAGGACUGCAUGAUUGAUGCCUGCAGUGGAGGCGCAGAGGAUGCCGCUCUACUGGCAGACAACCUGGCAACCGAAAACCCACAGAUUGUGGCGCGAGCUUGUGCCUUCACGGAGGGGAAGCAGUUCGAAGUUGGCUUUGGAGCGUACCCCUGCAACUGCCAAGGUGUGGAGUGUCAGACUGGUGAGGUUUGCACGAUCAUCGGCAAUGCCAGCAGUUGUGGUCCUCUCACUACCACCAACACAGUGACAUCCCUCACUGCGACUUCCACUGCCACGAGCACAAGCAGCAGCGCCACCACGCAGACGGCCUCUUCGACCACGAGGAGCGUGACCCGUAGCUCCACCACGACGCAGACAACGACGUCCAUGUCGAUCUCUUCGACCUCCAGGACAUCCAGCAUAUCCUCCACGACGUCCCUCACGGAGACCAGCAGCACUCGAACGUCUACGGCCUCGACAACCUCGAACACAGCGACAGUCACAGACACCUCCACAACUACUUUUUCCAGCUCCGGUACGACCACAUCUGUUUCAGGAUCGAGCACCACCCGAAGUUCCACGAGUGAAUCUGCCACCUCCACAUCUUCGGCGACCUCCACUUUUACAACUGUGACUGUCACCAUCACCAGCUUUACGAGCACCCAGUCAGAGACCACAAGAACGGCCACAUCGAGCACGGUGACUACUGCGACGAUGACCCUGACGACUUCGACAACGGUCAGCACCAGUUCAACAAUGUCUACCAGCAGCUCGACGCUGACGAAGACAUCCUCUUCCACUGUCAGCAGCAGCACAACUUCUUCAAGCAGCUCUUCGACGACAGCAAGCUCAACAACCAGCACCUCAGCAUCCAGCUCAUCCACCACGAGUCUUUCAGAAACAAGCACCUUCACGACAACCUCUUCGACAUGGACCUCGUCGACCACGAGCCUCUCCACGUCGAGUACAAGUUCAACCUCUUCUUCGUCGUCGCUGACGUCAUCAACGACAGCAUCGACCUCCACCACCUCGAGCACCUCAAGCACGACAUCGGUUACCUCGACGUCCAGCAGUAGGACGUCCAGCACCACUCAGACGAUAACCACCACGGUAUCAACAUCAGUUACGUCGACCAGCUUAACACUGUCCACGACAUCCGAAACAGUUACCUCCACCACUUUGACCCAGACCUCCACCACAUCGACUGUGUCAUCCUCCAGCACGAUGACAACUACAACCAGCAGCAGCGGCACCAGCUCCACCUCGGCUACCGCCACCUCAACGUCGACCACGUCCUCCACGAUCACGUCCUCCACAACGACCUCCACAAGUCGGACCUCCACCUCCAGGACGUCGACAUCCUCGACACGCACGACCAUGACCCAGACACUGACUGGAACCUCCAGCACAGUCACGAGCUCGAGCAUCACGGCAACGACUUCCACGGUUUCUACCAGCUUGAGUUCGUCAUCGAGCAGCUCCACAGCCACAGCUUCUACGAGCAGCUCCACGAGUACCAGCACCACUGCGACUGUAACGAGCAAGACCGUGACAACCAGCUCAACAACUGGGACGACCUUGACAGCCACAAGCACUGUUUCAACCACCUCCGCGUCCUCCACGACUUCGACAUCCCGCACCAAGACCUCCUACACAACGUCCACAACGACCACCUUCACAACCACCACCACCUAUUUCACCACGCUGAUGUGUGGACCCUGGAAUCCUUCCGGCGGAGGCGUCCUCCUCGAAUGGGAUGGUGGCGAUUUGUCCCAGGACCUCCUGGACGAUGGCAACGGUUGGGAGUGGAGGGUGGACAUGCGCAAGCAGGGAGAAGGAAACGAGUGGUUCUUUGUGAGCCACUGUGCAGACAUUGCGACCACCUCUUGCGAGGUGUGGUGCCUUGAACCUGGAGCGAUGUACGACGUCCGAGUCCAGCUGGCCUCCACCAUCCCAGAGCUGGUGAUCUAUGAUAUCUUCGUGACCGUGGUCAUGGUGCCCAACAUUCGAGCUGGCAUGCCAGAGGACUUGACAGUUGUGCAGCCCACAUCCAGCUCACUGCACAUAGCCUGGAAUGCAUCGAGUGAGCAGGGUAACUGCACGUUCCGAGCCUGGCAAAUCGAGAUGCGGGAUCCGAACGGUGGAUGGACGAAGGACCCUCCAGCAUGUACAUCCCUGACGUCUUUCGAGACGGCUUCUUGCGUGAUCACGAACUUACCGUGCCAAUCGCCGCACAUCAUCCAGGUCCGACAGCUCUGUUGGAACGAGGAGUCGACGUCGGAAUGGAGCCGCCCCAUCUCGGGAAGCACACUGGUGACCAUCGGACCCAAUUGCCUGCAAGCUGCGACGCUGCCAUCGAAUCUGGCUCUCACAUCCCCAGGUGAUGAUCAGUUGAACCUGACAUGGACCGCCGGAUUACAAGAGGACUCUCAGUUCAUCUCCUGGAACGUGGAGCUCUACAAAACGAAGUUUGUGGGGGGACAACCCGACCCGGAGGCUGAGGAGCAGAUUGAUGCAUGCCAAGGACUCCUUGACCGCACGACUACCACCUGCAGCGUCUCAGGUCUCACUUGGGGAAUGUACCGCUUCGCGGUGCAGGAGGUCAGCUCCCUGCCCGCCACCAGCUCGCCCCUUAGCGCAGCCAGCGAGGCGGCCUGGGUGGCGAGGAUCCCAGCAGUUGCUCCGACCGGGCUCAUUCUAACAGAGGCGACGGAGACGAGCUUGCGGGUCUCCUGGACCAGGAGCCUGCUGAAGGAUUGUCCCUUCCAGCGGCUACUUGUGGAGCUUUCGAACGGCACCGAUUUUAUCGAACCGGCGAGCUGCAACUCCAUCACAGACUCGGCCACUACCAGUUGCGUGGCAACAGGCUUGCAAUCCUGGACCACCUAUACUGCCCGGGCGUCCGUGCUUUGUGACGAGUGCAGCGGGACGCCUACAGAUCAGCGCGUGCCAUGCAGCGAGGAGGACACUCCGGCCACACGCUGCUUGGUGCCCGCAACCGGCGGUUUGAGCCCCUGCUUCCGGAAGCUGCCAGCGUUCAGGGCUUCGAGCAGCUACUCCUCUCCAAGCCUGCCUGCAUCCACGCUGCCGAGGCUGGAAGCCACUCCUGUGCUCGGGGCCGUCCAAGUUCCUGCGGAUUCUGGUCAGCGCGUGAGGUUCGAGUGGGUUGCAGGUGUUGGCUCUCGGGGCAACGUCAACGUCACCUCAGACUGCAUCUUCCAAUCCUGGCGGCUUGAGAUCUUGGUCGAGAGCGAGAGCGUUUGGGGCCUGCCCGAGGGCUGCCUGAGCCUCAUUGACCCAGGCGCAACCACUUGCACGGCCAUCAACCUCCAGUGCGACACCACAUACCACGCCCGAUUGCGAGUGCUUUGCACAAUGCCGGCGGCGAGCAGCGACUGGAUGACCUUCCCAGCCUUCCGCACAGCCUACGCCGGAAACUGCCUGAAGACCGCCUCGCCACCUCUGCUGAUCCGCAACACAAGCCGAACUGCAACAAGCAUCACGGUGGCCUUCAUCGCUGGGUCGCCUGGAGACUGCAUCUUCGACCGCUUUGAGCUUCAGUAUCAGGAGAUGAAUUCCACUUCUUGGAUAUCUGUGCCCGCUGACUGCGGCUCUUUGGAUGUGCGCCUCGGGCCCAGCUGCAUCAUCACGGGCCUGGCGCAGGACACUGGCUACAACUUCCGCGCCCGGGAGAUCUGCAGCAACGGUGCCCCAUUGGCCUCGACUUGGGGUCUCACAGAGGGUGAGGAGCCGAUGUACACCGGCCUCGUGCCCGCAGUGCAGUCCCCUUCCUAUCUGGAGCCGGAGGGAUUCCUUUCGCCUUCGGAGCCACCAAGCAGGCUGCUCCUCAUCUUCGAGGAGGAUCUGCAGCUCGGGGACCCCAGCGCCAUGUUGAGUUUGUGUCCGAUGCUGUUGCCAAGCGCGACUUCUGAUGACCCAGGCAUUUGCAACUGCGGCACAUCGGAGGAUUGUGCCGGUCAGUGUCUCACGCAAGCGACCAUGGACGUGGAGCUUCUGAGCUCGCGCGUGCUGCUCGCACGGUUUGGGUCCCUUCUACGGCCUCUUACUGGAUGCCCCUACCUGGUGCUACUGGAGGCAGGCUUUCUCCAGACGCAGCUCGCCCCCAGCAAUCCCUCACCCAGGAUUGAGUGGAGCUUCAUCUACUGGCCGCCAGCGCCCACCGGCUCUCUGACUUUGUUCAGCAGCACGACGACUUCUUUGACGGUCCGAGUAUCUUGGAGCAUUCCGAUGACGACAACCUGUGGGGUCUUGGUUGGUUUUAGCACUAUGCACCAGACCGACCCCUUGGACUUCACCGGGAGCCGCGAGUUCUUGGAGGUGCGCAUCAAUGGCCUGUACCCGUUCACGCAGUACACAGUGGUAUGCACAGGCUCUGCGAUUGGUGACCCCGUGGUGACGGCCAGCGUGUCUGAGAGCGCCUUCUCGACGGAGCCAGAUACCAACAACCGGCUCUCUAACAUCAUCGUCGAUGUCCAGGCUUUAUGCACUACCCGCACCACGUCCGUGGACAACUCCACGAAUGUGUCGGCGAACGUGUCUCAGGUGCAGGUUUCCAUGGAGGCCGCCUUUCUUCCAGUGUUUGAUCCUUCGCUACGCCGUUACCAGCUCAUCUUGGACGCAGAGUACGUCCGGGACCUCUGUGGUGCAAGCGAGAUCGAAGCCCUUUUCAGGAUUGAGGUGAGUGCCAUGACGCAAAGUGCCUUUGCAAGCGCAUCAAUCGACCAUCCGGUUCAGAUCCUGGCGCAGCCCCUCCCAGACUCGAUGGGCUUCCUCCCACCAGAAGUACCCCGCAGCCACGUGAGCCAGGUGCGGCUCACCGUUCAUCCGCCACAGCCAGGCCAAUCUCCACCACAGGACUACAUCCUGGACAUCGUGGUAGGUGUUCUGGACGUUCGCCUCGAGUCCACCAACAUUCCCACGAUGCUUGCCGCAGAUGCAUCUUCUUCGGCCGACUUUGUCAUUUCCACACCUCGCGGCAUGGAGGCUGCCAUACUCGGGCUCCGCAUUGGUCCCUUUACCCAGCUCCUGACCGCGAUAAACUCGGAGAACUACACGGAGAACCUCCUCGAAAGGACACGCCACAACCUGACGGCCGCCAACAUUGUUGGGCUGGGUAGCGGGCUGACCAUCACGGUCCAAGUGCGACCUCCACCUGGCAGCAAUUUCCCGACGUUGGAUGUCCGCACGGUCUUCGUUGUGAGCUUUGAACCGCCAACAGUGGUCUCGAUCGAGACGGACAUGGUCAACAACACCAUCUCCAUCGUGCAAACCACCGUGAUCACCGUGUCAGGGACAAACUUGUUGGUGCCGGCUCAGUUCACAACUGAGCCUGUGAGUGCGGAAAUCUUCAUUGCCGGCAUCCCGGCAAACUGCACAACGUCGGAAUGCCAAGAGCCCGCGCUUCAAGCCCUUCUGGAUGCUGGUCAAGAAAGCCUGUGCUCCGACUUGGUGGCCAUCUCAGCCGGCACCCUGAGCUGCAGCAUCGAACCCACAGUCGACGCUCUGCUUGGACUCUGCCUCGUGCUCCGUGGCGGCUUCUUGGCGAGCAGAUACUGCGCUGCUUUCGGGCCACCCGGGUCCUUGCGUCCCGAGCAGCCGACCGUUGGAGGCCUGACGCAGCCAGUCCAGGACAUGUCGUCCUCUGAGCCCUUCCUGGUGCUAGUUGAUGGAGACCUUCCGUGGGCGAACGUUUCGCAGGGAUACCUUCAGGUGUGGGCGACAGUAUUGACCGAAGUGGCGGCAGACGUCUCAAAUCCUGGGGUUGGGUAUCAACCGCUUUGCUCUCAGGCAGUGCGCACAGCCAACAACACCAUCCAGUGCUUCCGCAACCAGAACUUCAACAUCUCACAACUUGGGGCUCAGUCGAAUAUCUAUGUGCAAAGUGGGCCCAAUGCUACUUCUACAAACAUCGUUGAGGGUGCACUUCAAAUCAAUCAGCCGCGGAUCCUUCAGAUCACACGCAGCCACGAGUUCGAAGUGGGAGCGCUAGAUGUCACCAUUGAAGGGCAGCACUUCGGCACCCAAGCGAACGGCAACAUGGUGGUGCAACUGGAGACCUUCGGUGCAAAUACCCAGGCUGUGCCGGACCUGUCCCUUGCGGAAGAUCUUGGACAGCCCACACACAUCGUUCCUUGCCAGGUCAUCAGCCACCAGGACACAGAGGUCCGCUGCCGCGUCGAGGAUCAAAACCUCUUCGGUGCAGCGGUGUCAGGCGAAUACUACAACGAGACGGUGGAGGUCGAUGAGGGUCGCCGGCUGCAGGAAGGUGAGAGUUUGGACCUGGAGAGGUUGGCACUGCAGUUGUCGCAACUCCCUGUGGGCUUUUCAGUCUUCUACGAGCUUGACUGCAGCAUUCUCGAGAGGCUGAACCAGACCUGCAAUCGUCCUCAGAAUCUGUCCGCCCUGUCGAGGGAGUGGCAAGCGGUGCGGCUGAAACCCUGCCCGGCCGGUGAGAGGAGAAGUAGCUUCUCAGGCACAGGUUGCGUUCAGUGCGUCCCAGGCACGUACAAGAGUGGCGUGGGCCCGGCCUUGUCCUGCAACGAGUGCGGCAUCGGCUUCUACAUGGGACUCCCGGGCGCAGGUGCUUGCACGGCCUGCCCCGUGCAUGAGACGACGAACGUCACGGGCGCCACGAGCAUCAGCUCGUGUGAUUGCAUGCCAGGCUAUUUCCGCACCAACAUCCGGGCCGAUUGGGAGCUUGCCCUCAGCCACGGUGUUUGUCGAGCCUGUCCAGACGGAGCCAUUUGCGAGGGCGGGCCGAUCCAACCCUACUCCGCACAUGGAUACUGGACCCCCGACAGGCUCGUCUUCUGGCCUUGUUUCCCAUCUCACGCGUGCCUCAAAGGAGAUGCAGUCGAUCCAAACCUCUGCGAAGAUGCGCGCGAUCCUUCAUCGAUCCGCUGCGGGCGCUGCCAUACAGAUGCUUUUGCGCAUCAGAGCGAGUGCUAUUCCUGCGGGGGCCUGGACGUUGCACUUGCCUGGAUGGGGCCCUUCUUGGGCCUUUUGGCGCUGGUGUUCGGGUUCCUUCCAGCCUUGGUUCGUUCGCUCCGAUCCAUGGACAUGGAGCACACGGCGCUCCAGCAACGGCUGCUCCACACGGGACAAUCCUCCUCAUGGCUAGGCCGCCUCGCGGAGUCCGACCACGGAGAGUUCAGGAUGGUGAUUGUCAUGCUCACAUCGCUGCAGACGCUAUGGACGGUCUCCCUGAUGCCGCUCCCCUACACUCGAUUCACAAAAGAUUGGCUGUGGACCGUGGGUAUUGCGGCCUGCGACGUCUCGAUCCUUCGGCCGCAGUGCGCAUUCAAGCUCUCCUAUUUCAUGAAGUGGCUUAUGCAAUGGGCGACUUUCUUCGUGGUCGUUGCUGUGCUGACAGUGUCCAUGAUGGUGUAUUGUGUGCACCACAAGAACCGGCUGCGGGACAUCGGAUACAUCAGCCCCCGACGCGGCAUUCUUGGUGUGGUCUCCGUCACCCUGAUGCUGCUGCUGUUGGUCCACCUUCGCGAUGACAUGAUCUUUUUGAACUGCAUACCAUGCGAGGGCGACAAGUUCUGUCUGUCUUUCCAGCCCGUCAUUGAAUGCGCCACGACGAACUGGGAAUGGACAACGAUGAUGGUACUCUCUGUGCUGGACCUCCUCUUCGUGAUCGUGGCCUCGGUGCCUUUCGUCGCCAUGACAAUCUACACGUCCUGGAAGUGGCAGCAUGGGCAACGUCGCGGCUUGGACUCUGCUUUUGCGGCACCUUGGUACGUGUACUUUUCAGAGUUCUGGGUGAAACGACACCGUGGCUACAUCCAAGAAGUGCGGCAGGCCGUGCCAGAGUUUCAGAAGCUCUUCCUGUCGGAAGACAACGUGGCCACAUCGCACAAGGAGAUAUGGCAGAGGGCUAUCGACCUCAUCUUGGCACAGGAGGCUGAGAAGGCAGAUAUGCUGCUGCUCCGUGUAAUUGAGCACAUGUACACACAUAGCGAUCGCUUCAAAGCGGUGGAUGAGGAUGAAGGCCCCGCCUAUCAGAUCAUCCGCGGAAUCAGGAACGCCAUCAGGCGCCGCAGAACAGAUCACAGCGAGGGCUUGACGUCCUCUGGCGGCGGGUAUUCUUCAGAGGCCACCGUCAACCGUCAAGUGCCGCCCGAGACGGAGCCUGGCGAGCCGCAAGCAACUGGCCCGAGCGGAUCGUUACAUCUCAGCGAGGCCGUGACAGCUGCCAGCGGCAGGUUUUCUUCAGAGGAAGCGCCGGUGCCGCCAGAGACCGAGCCUGUGGUGGCCGCUGUAACCGACGAUCGGCUCUACCCCAUGGAGGAGCCUCCGCAGCUCCAAGAGCCGCCUCCAGACUCAGAUCCACCGGACCCGAAGCUGGAAACACUGAAGGUGUCGGAUGUGCACCAUGUGAAGCUGACACUCGAGAACCUCCUUGACUAUGCAAAGUGGUCAGUGCCUGGUGCCCGAGCCAUCAAGAGGGUGCUGUCUUACUGCUGGACCCUGAUCCUUCUCGUUGCUCGAUUUGUGAUCACAGCCUACGCAAUGCUCAUGCCGAGAGAUCAAUCCAAUGUACCCCUGUUGUACCUCCUCGUCACGCUUGCGUACGUCAUUCUCGGGGCUGGCCUCCAACCCUAUGUUUGGAACUUCCUGAACGACUGGGAAGUGGCAGUCCAUUCCUUGAUUUAUGUGUUCUUGCUCUUUGUCAUAUCGGGUUGGUCAGACACUGCCAGCGAUGUGCUGGUCGUAGUAGCCACCAUGACAGCAAUCGUGCCUGUAAUCCUUCGCUUCUUCGUCGUCCUCUGUGGGCAGGAGAAACAGGAUCCCGAAGAAGACGCCGUAAGCAAAUCACAGGGCGCCGCCACCUACGACCUCGAGCGGCUUGGACGGUCCAUGCAGUCUCAAGGAAGCGUUUCGCGGGCCACCUCGGCUGUUAGCUCUCGGCCAACCACACGAACGAGGUCCAUCCAAGAUGGCCGUCACAGGGAGCACAUCCGAAAUUACAUCGACAUGGUGAAACAGCAGAACAUAGGCAUCGUGCAGUCGACGGUUGAUGAGCAAGGACGAGAAGUUGCGCUGACCCGAAGCAUGGAGGCUCCAGCGCAGCCGAGCGGAGGCGAUACGCAUCAGAUGACCCCGGACGAUGCUGAAGGACCGUCAGGACCCUCCAGACAAAGCGACCCGGAACAGGAGCCCAUAAAUUCCUUUAAUAUUUGA